AAACGAGGAGUUACGAGAGAAAAUAGCCCAGCUUGAAAAACAAACUAGAGAUGAUAAAUCCUAUAUCACUAUCCUAGAAAAUAAAAUUGAAGACCUGCAAAUGGGAAGCCGUAAAAGUAAUCUGGUGAUCAAAAACGUACCUAGACAAAAAGAUGAGACCAAAGAAGAUCUUAUGGAAAUGACCAUGUGUCUAUUCCAAAACAUGGAAUGCUGCGUUAGAAAACAUGACAUAAAAGACAUCUAUAGAGUACGUGGAAAAUCGGCAGAUAAACAAAGCACGCCCAUCGUCGUAGAAACUGACUCCACGAUGUUGAAGACUGAGAUUUUGAAAAUGGCAAAGGCAUUUAACUUAAAGCAUAAAAACAAAUUAUCUUGUAAACAUAUGGGUCUCAAAACUCAAGUAGACACUCCAGUAUUCAUAUCGGAACAUCUGACAGCCAAAGGCACCCGUCUCCACUUCUUGGCACGUGAACUAACUAAGUCUGGAACCCACAAGUUUUGCUGGACCGCCUACGGCAAAGUCUACACCAAGAAAGAUGAAACUUCCCCAACUAUAGUUAUUAGAAGUGAAGACCAGGUACAUAAACUUCUGUUGAAAAAAUGACUAUUAUCUUGUAACUCUGUAGCUAACCUUUAUGUAACUGUUAAGUUAGAAAUAGUGUUGUUUAUUCUAGAUGUGCCUCUUAUCCUACUUUUUAUGUUGUUUUGGCAUAUUACCUCCGAUGGUUUACUCGGUUCUUCAUACUAUUUUGUUAUUGCCAUUCAUACACACACUCAUUCACAAUUCAUCACAUUAUACACUCUAAUCAUUCUUACAUACACAUACACACAUUCUCAACUUUCAUACCUACCACACAUACACCCCUUCCUUUACUCAAAUCCCUGCACACAUUCUUCAAAAUCACACUCUUCGCGCAAUACUCACACUCCAAUUAUAAAUAAACAAGUAGUAUACUACUAUACGUUAAUAUUGAAAAAAAAAAACACAUCCUUGAUACAUCUGCUUACCCUAGACUCAAUCUUCUUAAAUGGAUAAUACUCUACAAACGGUAUCUGAAUUAGACAAUAUUGAAAUUGCUCGUUCUGUCACUUGUGAUUACUCACAACUCCACGAACAUGUCGUAGUAAACAAAAAUGACCUUACAAUCAUAUCACAAAAUAUAAGAAGCAUUUAUCAUAACUUUGACGAUUUUAUUAUCAAUCUGAGUACACUUAAUUUCGAACUAGACAUCAUUAUCUUAACCGAAUGCAGAUUAAGCGCUAAUAAACCUAUUCCGCAAAUCACCAACUAUCACUCUUACAUGACAACUCGACAGCUUAAUCAGAACGAUGGGGUGGUUGUAUACGUUAAAAGUUCUAUAAAACAUAAAGUUGAGGAAAUACAGCUUGACCAGGCAUCCUGUCUACGGCUGAAUAUAUUGGGUUGUGAAGUGUACUGCAUUUACCGCUCACCUUCUAACUCUAACAUUGACAGGUUCACUGACUCUCUUAGUACACACCUAAACAUUCAAUCGUCCCAUAUUAACACUAUUAUAGCUGGAGAUAUCAACAUCAACAUUAAGGUAAGAGAGACUGAAUCAUCCCACGAUCGCAAAAAUAGAGUUAGUUACCUAAACAUGCUUUCUCACUUCGGUAUACUGCCUGGACAUACACUUCCCACCAGGGAACAUAACUGCCUUGACCACUUCAUGUUAAACAUAAAUAAAAAGAAGUUCUCCGCCUUUGUUGCUAUAUUACACUCAACAAUAACUGACCAUCACACAACAUUCCUAUCUCUUACAAAAUUAAAAAAUAUCCAUACGGCCAAAAAAACUACGACUACACUAAAUUACGAGCAAGCUUUGAAAGAUCUUCAAGAAAAGAAUUUAUCUGAUCUCCUAUUUUGUGAUGACCCAAAUUUACUAAUUUCAAGUUUUAUUGGUACCUUAACUUACAUUAUAAACAAUAACACGAUAACAAAGAAAAUUCCGAAUAGUAAACGGAUAAUUAAACCGUGGAUCACUAUGGGUAUACUACGCUGUAUUAAAAACCGAAAUCAUUUACAAAAGCAGAGUCGAAAUGACCCCUACAACGAAAUACUAAAAAUUACGUAUACUAGAUACAGGAACUACUGCAAUAAUCUAAUUAAAAAAUUAAAAAGGAAAUAUGAACGAGACUUACUUGCAAAAUCUAUAACUAAUAAUAAAAUGCUAUGGAAAAACAUAAAAAAUAUCACAUACUCAAAUAAAAUAAUGAAUCAUAACUUAGAACUAUUAAAUAUAAAACCUUCUCCUUAUGAGUCUAUAAACUAUAUUAAUAACUACUUCUCUAAUAUUGGAAAACAACUAGCUGAUCAAAUUCACCCCACUUUAAAUAAUAGCCAUAUCCCAGACAUAUCUCCCCCAAACUCCUUUGCGCUAAUUGACACCGACGAAAAUGAAGUUAAUGAUAUAUUAAAUAAUUUAAAAUCUAAUAGUGCCCCAGCGGGCCUAGCAUGACCGCCAUAGAAACAGCUUUUGUCUACCGAAGAAUCGACAAAAUGACAGAUUGAAGAAAGAUUUCUAUCGAUCCGAGCAUGGCGAUGUUUGACAUCGAGAAAAGAAAUGUUUCUUUUCUUCGUCGACAUGUGUCUAUCGCGUCGAGCAUGACGACUAUAUUUUCUCUACUUUUGACAUUUGGGAGUAGAUAUAACUUUCUAUAUGAAAUGUCAAAUACUCUACAUCUCAUCUGACCUAGACAAGAGUAGACAAAGAAUAUCUUUGUCUAUUUUUGUAAUUUUUGAUUGCAGGUAAUAAUUAUUUAAUAUCUAAAAAGUAUGUCGGGAUCUUACCGUCGUCAUAUGAUCAGUUUUUAUGCUGAUAAAAAUGAGCGUAAAGCAGAGAGAAACGCUGUACGAGCGUUAAGCGGGGCUCUCGACCUUCCGGACAACGAGUUUCUUCAAAAUUAUAAAAUUUCCAAGGAGAUGGUGCAGUAUUUGUGCCAGGAAUUGGCUGAGGAUCUGUCUCCUAGGACAUCUCAGGGUCUGCCUGUUUUGAUCAAAGUUCUUUGUUCGCUUAAGGUCCUGCUUACAGGACAUUACCAACGAGGGACGGGUAACGAGAACGAUUUAUCGAUUGGCCAAACCACCGUCAGCAAAUUUUUAAAACAAUUUGUUGUUGCAGUAAAUACAAGAUUGAAACCACAGUGGAUAGUGUUCCCAAACACAGAGGCAGGAAGGCAGACGGUAGCAUCUGGCUAUCUUACAAAGUUUGGCCUUCCUGAUGUAUUGGGAGCCGUUGACUGCACCCAUGUGCAGCUGUUUCCACCUCCAAAGCCACAUCAAGCGCAGUUCAGAAAUAGACAUGGCAUAACAUCCAUUAAUGUUCAGUUGAUGCAGACUGCAAAAUAAUAAUGUUAAUGCAAAUUAUCCAGAGUGCAUGAUCAAUUUAAGACAGAACUGCGCAGGCUACAUGAGUCUAGAAUUGGACAGUAUUAUCUGCUAGGUUGCCUAUGCAGUAUUACACAAGAACAGACGGACCAUACUAAUUACCCUAGUGGCAGCUUAUUACAAGCUGCAACUUGCAGGAGGGAUAAUAUUAUAUUUAUUUUAUUUUUUGUUUUUAACGGUUCUUCAAACCAUACAGACAGAAUUGUGUUGCUGGGGAGUUUGUUCCAC